GGGGGAUAGUGAAUGGCCAUUACUGCAUGCAAUGUCUCUGUGUAGUUUACACCUUAGUUCAAACCUUUGUGUGUUUUAGCUGGUUAUGGAACGUUUAUGGAGAAGGAAAUUUUCGAGCAGCCAGAAAGUGUGAUCAACACCAUGCGGGGACGAGUUGAUUUUGACAAUUACAAAGGUAAUCAUUUUGUGUGUGGGCACAAUCACAAUAAUUUAUUCCGCUUUUAAUUGGGAUCUUCAUCAGUGAUAAUAAUGCAGUAUUUUACUUCAGAGGACGAUUUCGAGAUACCCUAAAUGUAAACUACUUCCAAUAACGUGAAUGAAUAUUUUGAUUCUUCUCCAACAGUAACUCUUGGUGGUAUGGUACAAUAUGUGGAUGUCAUCAGAAGAUGUCGUCGUCUUCUUCUCAUCGCUUGUGGCACUAGUUAUCACAGCGCUUUAGCGGUAAAAUAUUUCUUUAUGUUACUAAUGUUUUACUGUUUGUAUUUAGUUUUGAGAUGAUCCUUACUGGAUCUCUAGGAAGAACUGUUUAGAACUGAUAGAGUUAUCCAGUAUAAAUAAAGUUAGUUUAGUUUAGGUUUCCUCCUGUAGUGACACUGGAUCAAUACGAGAUGAUCCUUACUGGACCUCUAGGAAGAACAGUUUAGAACUGAUAGAGUUAUCCAGUAUAAAUAAAGUUAGUUUAGUUUAGGUUUCCUCCUGUAGUAACACUGGAUCAAUAAGAGAUUAUCCUUACUGGACCUCUAGGAAGAACAGUUUAGAACUGAUAGAGCUACCAAGUAUAAAUAAAGUUUCCUGCAGUGACACUGGAUCAAUACGAGAUGACUUGUACUGGACCUCUAUGGAGAACAGUUUAGAAAGGUUGAGCUGUAGUAACACUGGAUCGAUGAUGUCAUUUUUAGACUCGUCAACUGUUGGAAGAACUCACAGAACUGCCAGUUAUGGUGGAGCUGGCAAGUGACUUCUUAGAUCGAGCCACGCCCAUAUUCCGUGAUGAUGUAUGCUUCUUUAUCAGCCAAUCAGGUUAGUAAAAUUUUUGCCAGCAAUUUGUUCGCGGUUCGUUAUAGGGCAAGGGCUUGAAGCUGACCUAUAUUCACCCAAUUCUCAGAUAGCUCACAUGCCUAGUUACCAGAACCUGUUACAAAAGUAACUAAACAUUUAAAUUAUAUAUGUGAGUGAAGUGGGUGCCUGAUCUGGUCUUUGUAUCCCUUUAACUUUUCUAGGCGAAACGGCUGACACGUUGAAUGCGUUACGUUACUGCAAAGAACGCGGUGCUCUAUGCAUUGGGAUUACCAACACAGGUAGGCCAAGGAUAACAAUUGAGAUAUAUACAUGACUGAGGGUAUGUUUACAAACUAAAAUAUUUCCCAUAUUUUAUUGCAGUCGGAAGCACUGUAUCACGUGAGACAAAAUGUGGUUGCCAUAUCAAUGCAGGACCAGAGAUUGGCGUGGCUAGCACAAAGGUAAACUUAACUGACUUUAUUUAUACUGGGUAGCUCUAUCAGUUUUAAACUGUUCUUCCUAGAGGUCCAGUAAGGAUCAUCUCUUAUUGAUUCAGUGUUACUACAGGAGGAAACCUAAACUAAACUAACUUUAUUUAUACUGGAUAACUCUAUCAGUUCUAAACUGUUCUUCCUAGAAGUCCAGUAAGGAUCACCUCUUAUUGAUCCAAUGUUACUACUGUUUAGCAGGAAACCUAAACUAAACUAACUUUAUUUAUACUGGAUAGCUCUAUAAGUUCUAACUGUUCUUCCCUUAGAAGCCCAGUACAACGUACAAAUUAUCUUGCUUGUAUUUUAGGCGUAUACAAGUCAGUUUUUAACUUUGGUUAUGUUUGGUUUGAUGGUGAGCGCUGACAGAAUUUCAAAGAUGGAGCGAAGAAAAGAGAUUAUCGACGCUAUGAAGGCUCUCCCAGGUGAGCUAUCCGACUGGUUUGAGCAUCACUUUAGGAUUCGGAUAUCAUGUUGAACGCGAUCUGUGGCGGUGUGGGCCAAUGAUAAGAUUAUAAUACUAUUGUUAUUGUUAUGAUAACUUCCAAAUGAAGAUACUUUCAAGUUUCAAGGUUACUUAAAUCAUGAUUACUAGAUUGCAUUGAUAUGGAAGGGACUAGACUCCGGAAUAUCGCAUACUCGAACCGACCUGACCGCGUAGCUCAGUUGGCAGAGCAUUGGGCUAGUAUUCCAAAGGUCAUAGGUUCGAUUCCCACCGUGGCCAGGCAUAUUUUUCAAGCUCGCCCGGUGUGGAUAUACACUCAGAGUAACAUCACAAGCAUCAUUACUUUCAAGGUGUCAGAAAUAUACGAAAACCUCGACCCUGAUACCACUACCCAGAAAACGUCGACCGUGAAAAACGCCGAGCCUGAAAACACAGACCCUUCUUUCCAUCCUACAUUCCCUUUAAGAUUUGGGACGGCUAGGAAGGGUGCACCCCUCAUGCAGGCCCUGCACUCCCCCCAGUACACCCAUCCCUGUUGCAGCCUUUCUCGUAUCCGUUGUAAGAUUUUCAGUUUCCUAACGAAGUUGUUGUUAUUUAGAACUUAUCAAAGAGGUGCUGAAAGUGGAUGGGGCGAUUAAAGAACUAGCGAAAGAGCUGUAUGAACAAAAGAGUUUAUUGAUUCUUGGUCGAGGCUACAACUUUGCUACGUGCCUGGAAGGAGCUUUGGUGAGGAUUAAGAAUGCAAACUUUAUUUAUACUGGAUAGUUGUGUCAGUUCUAGACUGUUCUCCCUAGAGGUCCACUUCGUGAGGAAACUGGAAUACCUGGGGAAAACCUCUAGUGUUUGAUAGAGUCGGCCUGGAAGAACUUUUCUCACUUGCAACUAAAAUAGACAAUUCCCAUUACAUACUAAUUUUAAAACAAAGCAAGGAGAUGCAAAUAAAUCACCACAGCUAGAAAGAGCAUACUAAAAUGAGUAAAAUAAAGAGAAAGAGCAUACUAAAAUGAGUAAAUAGCCUUGCAAAAAGUUUGCAAAUUUUGUGCACUUUUGUAUUGCGUAAAUUGCUACUAUUUUUGCAUUUUACAACAUUUCGCAACCAAACUUUGCAAUUUUACUAAUUUUAUGUAUGCUCAUGUAUGCUCUUUCCAGGAAUACACUUUUUUUGCCAAGAUAAAAAAAUAGUCUAUAAUGCAUGAGAAUUGUCUAUUAUGCAGCUCAAUAUUUGGGAAUCGAAUCCUUGUCACCGAAAUGAAAGACAAUUCUAACCACUGUACCAUGAAUACCUCUCUGAAGCUUUCCACAUGGAUAGGGUUCAAAGGAAGAGUAAAGACACUAUUCUGUGAUAUACAUAGAUGAGGAAAUUCUGAAAUCAUACUGACUUCAUUUUAUCAUUGGUUAUAGAAAGUCAAGGAGCUGACAUACAUGCAUUCUGAGGGUAUCAUGUCCGGGGAAUUGAAGCACGGUCCUUUAGCGAUGGUCGACAAAGUGUUGCCUAUUGUUAUGAUUAUUACGAAAGAUCGUCUUUAUCAGGUCAGUAUGCUAAGUGGAAAUGUCCCAACCCCCGUCUAUGGGAUAGUUACACCUACAAAUAAGUCUUUUUGGGGUGAAAGACGGGGGGAGGGGUGUGAGGAAAUCUUUACUCAUCUGUGACUGGUCAUUCUUAGAUGGAGACAAUCCUAACACUUUGUCCUUUUUGUUUACAGAAAGUUAUGAACGCUCUCCACGAAGUAACAGCUAGGCAGGUGAGUUUCUGGAAAACUCCAGUGUUACUACAGGAGGAAACCUAAACUAAACUAACUUUAUUUAUACUGGAUAGCUCUAUCAGUUCUAAACUGUUCUUCCUAGAGAUCCAGUAAGGAUCAUCUCUUAUUGAUCCAGUGUUACUACAGGAGGAAACCUAAACUAAACUAACUUUAUUUAUACUGGAUAGCUCUAUCAGUUCUAAACUGUUCUUCCUAGAGAUCCAGUAAGGAUCAUCUCUUAUUGAUCCAGUGUUACUACAGGAGGAAACCUAAACUAAACUAACUUUAUUUAUACUGGAUAGUUCUAUCAGUUCUAAACUGUUCUUCCUAGAGAUCCAGUAAGGAUCAUCUAUUAUUGAUCCAGUGUUACUACAGGAAGAAACCUAAACUAAACUAACUUUAUUUAUACUGGAUAGUUCUAUUAGUUCUAAACUGUUCUUCCUAGAGAUCCAGUAAGGAUCAUCUCUUAUUGAUCCAGUGUUACUACAGGAGGAAACCUAAACUAAACUAACUUUACUUAUACUGGAUAGCUCUAUCAGUUCUAAACUGUUCUUCCUAGAGGUCCAGUAAGGAUCAUCUCUUAUUGAUCCAGUGUUACUGCAGGAGGAAACCUAAACUAAACUAACUUUAUUUAUACUGGAUAGCUCCAUCAGUUCUAAACUGUUCUCCCUAGCGGUGCAGUAAGGAUCAUCUCUUAUUGAUCCAGUGUUACUGCAGGAGGAAACCUAAACUAAACUAACUUUAUUUAUACUGGAUAGCUCUAUCAGUUCUAAACUGUUCUUCCUAGAGGUCCAGUAAGAAUCAUCUCGUAUUGAUCCAGUGUUACUACAGGAGGAAACCUAAACUAAACUAACUUUAUUUAUACUGGAUAGCUCUAUCAGUUCUAAACUGUUCUUCCUAGAGAUCCAGUAAGGAUCAUCUAUUAUUGAACGCUGUAUUAUAAUUGUGUUUCCAGGGUCGUCCUAUCAUAUUAUGUUCCAAAGGUGACGAGGAAGUUAAGAAAUAUGCAUUCCGUCAUGUGGAAGUACCAGCGACAGUCGACUGUCUGCAAGGAAUACUCACUGUAAUACCACUACAGCUGCUCUCGUUUCACGUGGCCUGCCUUCGUGGUUAUGACGUAAGUAUUACGUGUUAUGACGUCAUAGUUGAAAUGGAGCUUUUGCAUGACACUUUAAGGACUAGUUACAAUAUGAGCAGGAGUGUUUUAUUAGGUUUAAAGACACGAGCGCGCAGCGCGAGUGGCUUUAGACCUAAUAAAACACGACCAGCGAGUUUAUUAAACGGCUUCAAACACGACUAUACAAAUUCAAUAGAUAUACCGCCUUAUUAGUAUUCUUUAUAUAAAAAAUACUAAUGAGGAUACGACAACAAUAUAUACUGCCUUAUUAGUGUUCUUUAUAUAAAGAAUACUAAUUAGGAGUGUUUUAUCAGGUUUAAAGCCACUGCACGUGACAUAUUAUAGUUGACAUGAUUUGCCAAUAAGCUUAUGAAUUAUUAAUGAGUGUUUGAAGGACUAGUUAAAAUAUGAGCAGCUGAUCUUUAUGGGAAUAAAGAUCAGUUGCGAAUUUUUUAACGUACUUGUAAAAUAAAUUUAUUUGUUUACUUUCAUGGGGACAAUCUCACACUUCAUUAGCAUGCUAUUAAAACUGACAUUAGUAUUGUUAACUUUCAUAAUCCAUGCUUCCAAUUAGUAUUGUUAACUUUCAUAAUCCAUGCUUCCAAUUAGUAUUGUUAACUUUCAUAAUCCAUGCUUCCAAUUAGUAUUGUUAACUUUCAUAAUCCAUGCUUCCAAUUAGUAUUGUUAACUUUCAUAAUCCAUGCUUCCAAUUAGUAUUGUUAACUUUCAUAAUCCAUGCUUCUCAAUUAGUAUUGUUAACUUUCAUAAACAUCCAUGCUUCUCAAUUAGUAUUGUUAACUUUCAUAAACACCCCUCUAACACGACUUUCUGAUCUUUAAUGCGGUUUACAAGUGUGCACAUGUGACCUAAUACCGCGUCGUGAUUUGUUUGUGGUCUUAUUAAUUAUUCAUGAAUUUUACAACAUUACACAAUGCCAUCCAGUCAUGAUCGAGUGACUGGAAGUGGUCUAUUAUGGCAAUUUUGAAACGCCUCAGUGUUCCAAAUCACUGCAAUCAAGUGACAUUCGCGUGUACUAUAUAUUCUUGUCAUUUUAGGUUGAUUGUCCACGAAAUUUGGCAAAAUCUGUGACAGUUGAAUGAGAAGUCUAGCAAUACCAGGCAGCAUUGUCAUUCACGCAGAAUAAAGUUAUAUAUACAUUCAGCAAAUUAAUCGCACGGCAAUCAGCGCACGAAUUUUAAUUUAUCUAUAAGGGUGCAUUCCCACUACUCAACGCUACUCAAAAUCAAGCUGAUUCAAUCACGUGAAGCACCAGUCUUCAAUAAUCGUCUGCAGAAUGUGCGACACAAUUUUACCACAAAAUGAACUAAAAUUUAUUAAAAGAUAUAAUUGCAUUGUACAGUAGUUCUAAACUGUGUUUAUAACACGUUACGACAAGCCAAUAUCGAG